CAACAACCCAAUCUCAACCAUUUUUCUUCCAAAUCCAGCAAAAUCAAAAUCUAAAAAAAUGUAGAACUCCUAGGAAACCAGCUGAAUCCCGAAAAUCCAAAAUCAAAAACGAAAAGGGAAAAAAAAAACCAGGAAACCUCCAUUGAUGUACAAAAAAAACUCAAAAACAACAAUCAUUGAACAAAGAAAUCGCGAUCAGAGGAGAAGAACCGAGUAGAAGGAGAGCUGGAAAUCAAAGAAACUCACCCAUGAUUGAAUCAGAAGGAGAAUUGAAGGAAACGGAACCAUUACAAAUAUUGGUGCAGAGCAAUGGGCAUUGGGAUGACAACAGAAACUAUGUUGAUUAUGAAUCAAGUGGAGAAUUAAUUUCGACCAAGUGCACUUUUGAGGAACUAAUGAGAAUAAUGAUGGAAGAACUCCAAUGCAACCAUGAAUCAACACAACUACAACUGAAAUAUCAACUGAAGGAAGGAGGCCAACCACUACAAAUCAAGGAUGACAAAAGUCUGUUGUUCUACAUAAAGCUAUUAACGAAGGAGGUUGAUUUCACAAGGUACCCAUUGUGUGUGAACAAAACCAGUAACACGGCACCACCUAACCAAACAAUGGUGUGGAACAAUAUGAUCAUGGAAUCGUAUGAGAACAACGCAGCACAGGAAGACUUGCAGCAACCUGGAAACAACACGGCAACAACUUCCAAGCAACAACUAUCUGCGCAGACGAUGGGAUCUGGUGAAGUUGAUGCAUUUUUCCUAGAAACAGUAACAGUGUCAUCAGAAUCAACCAUACAACAACCAGACAACAACAGAGAAAAAACUACAGCAGUAGAUGAAGAUUUUGACUUCACCGACUAUGCAAAGCUUGUGGCUGCAGAAAUGGUACAGCAACUAGAAAACAACCAGGAAGAAGAAGAGGAAGUGGACAACACAGAAAUGAUGAUCAUCAAUGACAAACGACAUGAAACAAUAGAGAAGGGGCAAAUUUACAAGGACAAAGAAACAUUGAUAAGUACACUAUGCUACUUUGCAAUCAAGAAGACAUUUCAAUACAAAGUAGUGAAAUCUUGCACAAAAGAAUACAACAUAGUGUGUUUGGACAACAAACCGCAAAUGGAGUUUAAAGGCUACAAAAAAUGGAAACACGAAACAUUCAUAAUAAGGAGCUACGAAGAAGAACACACAUGUGCAGUUACAAUAAGAUUUGGAGAUCAACGACAAGCUACAUCAAAGUUGAUAGCAAGACUUUGUAAAACCAAAAUUCUUGAACACCGAAAACAAAGUGCAGCCCUGCGUACAUAA